GUUGAGGCGUUGCAGCAUACUUAGUUCCCACAUUCCUGGCGGUUUUUCAAUUGGAUGGCUACAGUGAAGGCCGUUCGAACUAAAAAGGGUAAAAUAGAGCUAGAUGUUGAAAGAUACCGGUCUGAGGGUUCUUGGAAUAAGGCCUUAGAAGUAAUACUGGCUCAUGGCUCCGAUCGCUCCUCGUCUCUCCAUAUGUUAAAUCAACUAAUACUUUGUGAGAAUGAGCUAGAAUUUAACGAUCAAGGUGAAUUACCAUUAGAAAGUUUGUCAAAAGCAAAGAGGUAUGCGGAAGAAGUUAUGAAUGGAAAUGACGAGCAAUAUAAAUUUGAGGCAUCUGUCCUUCUUGGGAAAAUAUACUAUCUACAGGGAAAUAAUGAAAAAGCUCUAAAACUUUUAAGUUCUCUAAACUUGUUAUCCGCCAAAAUGGAUCCUAUUACACUGCGUUUCAAUCGCAUCGUAAGUGAGGGUUUGGCUGUUUUGGGUUUGUGCAAAGAAGAACAGUUAAAUCUGAAAAGCCCACCCGAUAUAUCAAAAGAGAAAGACAAUAUUAUUGUUUCAUUCAACUUGGCUUGUCACAUGUGUAUAAAACAUCUUCAGGAAUUAGAUCGAACUCAACCAGAGCAUACCAAUUUGUCUGUCAGUGUACCACCGAUUGUAGAAAAAGUCAUACAAAAGAUUCCGGAAAUUCUGAUUAACAAGGGUGACAUACCUGGUGCUAUUUCGAAAUAUCGAACAAUUCUUGGGUACUGUGAGUUGCCUGCUACGAGGUCUCUCAGACGAGCUUUAUCUUUACGGUUUUCUGAACUGCUGUUACGGAGUGUAUGCACAAAAACAUAUCACAAGUAUAAUACAUCGAUGGAUCAAGAUUCGUUAACAGAUAAGGAUGCACAACUUAUUCCAUAUCGAUAUCCUACAAAUAGAUAUAUUCCAGACAAUCGAAUAGAAGAAGCAAUUUUUUCGUUAAUGAUUUCUGAGCAUAUAGCUAGUCAAGAUGUUAUACUUAAUCGACCAUCGGAAUUAUCUGAACCACAAAUAGUUCGAUCAUUUAAUAAUGCAGCUGCUGUCUACGACUUACUUGCCAUCCUUCUUACUAAAGUUAAACAUUUCAAAUUUCUUUCUAAAUGUCUUGAAAAAGCACUCAAGUUUUCUUAUCAUCAAUUUCAUAUCUGGUAUCAAUUCGCUUUAUCAUUAAUCAGUUCUAAACAGUAUUAUCGUGGUUAUUUGGCUCUACGUGAAUGUUUACGAAUUGAUAAUUCUAAAACAUCUGUUUAUCUAUUCGCUAGUUCAUUAUGUUUGGGUCAUUUAAAUUUAAUUGAAGAAGGCAUGGAAUUAGCUUCACAGGCAGUAGAGGUUUCUGCACAGUCUGAAACAGCCUUUAUGGCUCGUGCUCAUUUACUAGUUGGUUGGGGUUGGUCUAUAUUAGCCAGGUCAUGUUGUGUUGUGGAUAAAAAAAGCGAAUUGCGUAAUCGUGCUGUAAAAGAGUAUAGAAUUGCUAUUCAACUAGAUCCCGAUGAUUAUUUAGGAUGGUAUCAUUUAGCUGUUGAAUUAGCUACACAACGUCAUCUGGACGAAGCCUUGUCAGUUUGUCAACAAAGUUUACAAUUAAUGCCAAUACAUUCCAAUACAUUGUAUUUAUUAGCAUUAUUGCAUACUGCUGGAGGGAAACGUUUAGAUCAAGCUGCAAAAGCGUUAUAUGUUGGUUUAAGUGAUAGACCAAAUGAUUUUAAUUUAUUGUUUUUAUUAGCUAAAAUUGAAGAAGCUAGAAUUAAUCCUAAAGCUGGUUUAAAAAUCUAUCGUCAAUUGUUAAAAGUAUGGCGUGAUACAUUCUCGUUAGGUUCUAAUUCCAAGUUUUUUCUUUUACAUCAGUGUAUACCUAUAUGGACAAUAUUUGAGCGAACAAUUGUUUUCAAUAACUUCAUCAUCAGGCUCUACAGUUAUAAGUCCAUAAUUAUAAUAUAAUAAUACCUAUAUAUUGAUAGAAUCUAAGAUAGAUUUUCUGUUGAACAUAUUUGGCAAUGAAUUUAUAAACUCAUUAUAACAAAAAACUAUGAAUACAAAAUAGUACGUUUUAUGAUAUACCAGUCAAACUAAAAGUAUCUUUAUUAAACUCACAAAAGUAAUUCCUACGCAGUGUGAUCGCGAUAGAAUAAAGCUGUGAAGUGAUUGGUUACAAAUAUAUCGACUGGUUUGCAGUGGUUGUUUAAUAGUUAGACCACUGGACUUUCAAUUUGGCAACUGGUUAGUUUCACUCGUUCUCAAAUUUAAAACGUGUCUUAUCUGAGUACAAUAAUCUAAGAGUCUUAAACGUAUUGAAUCACUAGAUUGUAUUAUAUGGAAAUAUUGUUCCAUAUAAUUCCAUCUAUUCAUCGUAGUACACAGUGAUACAAUAUAAUUAGUUAGAUGAUAUAUCAAAUAUCUAUGUGAUUUCUCACAAUUAUACCGUCUUCACGAUCAAUAUAUGUUUGUGACAAAUCCUAGAUUUUUAAUAUUUGUCUGUCGACUAAGAAAACUCGUUUGAGAGUUCUCAUGGUUAAUAGUAGUCUGUAUUUCGAGUCAAUUACAUAUAACUAAAAACACGAAGUUCAGCGAAGGGAUCUCUUCAACGAAUUUAUUAUCAAGCUGUACAAUCGUAUAUAUAUGAGAGCUUUUUGUUACAGUGCUAAUUCCUUGAGGAAAUGUGAACACUAAUAACCAAGAUUAUAAUACUAGAUUACUUAAUACGAGUAGUAACAAUAGAUUUAGUGAAUAUAAUAAGAUGAUUAAAAUGGAUAAAAUGUUUUUGUUACAUUAAUUAAAGGUCAUAGAGGUGUAAAAAUAAAUGCGGUGAUAUGAUGAGUAUUCAUGAAUAAAAUAAUGAGAAUAUAAGACAUAAUUUUAAAUGGAAGCAAAGAUGGAUAGUGGCUAGC